AUGGUGCCGGCCGCCUGCCCAGACCCUCCUGACGCCUCAUCCGAGCUCCGAGCCACAGUCCACAUCUUACUAGUCACAAUGCUUCUCUACAGACCUAAGAUGCUUCUCUUACUCUUCAUUUUACUACAGAAUGUCCCAGUGACGUCUUCUGAUGCUUGCAUGCUGGGAAGACAUAAAUUAGCCACUUACUACAAGGAUGGAGAUUUGAUGAUCGGUGGGAUUAUACAAGUCAACACUUUAUAUGUACGAUGGCAUUUUAACUUUACUUCGCAACCAAGACUCUCUAGAUGUGGUCGGCCUUCUCUGCAGUUCUAUCGCCACCUUUUGGUUUUCUUCUUUACCCUUGAAGAGAUUAAUAAGAGCCUGCAGUUUCUUCCCAAUAUCUCUCUGGGUUACCAGAUAUUUGACUCUUGCGCCAAUGUCCAUAAGUCAGUGUACAGCACGCUCCGGAUAAUGUCAGGGGGUUGGCAGAUCAUCCCAAACUACAGCUGCUGGAACCAGAGAAAGAUGGUGGGAUUCAUAGGAGAGGUGACCGCCGCCUCAUCGUACGUCAUAUCACAGCUGGCCGGGAUAUACAGGUACCCGCAGAUAAGUUACGGCACCAUGACCUCAGUAUUUACAGCAACCGAUCAGUUUCCAUCAUUCUACCAGGCAGCAGCCAAUGAAUUAUCGGAAAUCGAUGCCAUUGUGCAGUUGGUGAAACAUUUAGGCUGGAAAUGGGUUGGAAUCCUUGUAUCAGAUGACGACACCGGACAGAUCGCCGGAGAAAUGUUUAAGAAGGAGAUUGUAAGCUCGGGGGGCUGUGUGGCCUUCUUCAUUAUAUUAAGGGAGAAUGUUCCCGAAAUGCCCAAACCUGGUAAUAAGAUCAUUAAAACUAUAAAUAAAAGCUCAGUGAAUGUGACGGUCAUAUUCAUAAGUGUGAAUCAUGCUCAUGCUUUUGCUCACUUGUUUAUGUCUGAACACCUAAAACCAAAAAUUUGGAUCACAUCUUCCUUCUUCUCCCGGGUUUCAGAAUUACUAUAUUUACAAGUAGAUUUUAAUGGAACUAUGUCCCUUUCUGCUCCUCGGGGAGAAAUUCCGGGGUUCAGGGAAUAUUUCUAUGGCAUAAAACCCACAAAAUAUCCAGAUGAUAAUUUGCUGAGGGAGAUCUGGGAAUUCCUAGCUUUGUGCACCUUCUCGACUUCAUUAUCUUCAAGUCAUUCUGUCCCUAUGUGCACCGGGAAUGAGACUCUGGAUGAUGGGUUUUUAUCAAUAUAUUAUCAUGUCUUUGUCUUCAGGAGCUGUUAUUCCAUCUACACUGCAGUCUAUGCCAUGGCACAUUCUCUUCAUGACAUGUAUGCCACCAGCAAGUCCAACAAUCUGCUGACAUCUUUCCAACCUUGGCAGCUGAACUACUUCCUGCAAAGUGUAAAUUUUAUCACUUCUUCUGGAGACACGAUCUACUUUAAACCUAACAAAAUGAUUCCGACACGUUUUGAUCUCCUGAAAUACAACUACACAUCUAGAAUGAAAGUGUUAAAGGUGAAGGUUGGAAGUUACGAUGAAACAUCUACUGCAGGAUUUCCAUUCAACAGCCUCGAAAAGUCUGAGGUGUGGGGCCCAUAUUUCCAACAGGCGCCUCCAUCACUGUGCAAUGAAGCUUGUGAACCUGGUUACAGGAUGGCAAAGAGAGAAGGGAAUCCUCCAUGUUGUUACGACUGUGUACAGUGCACCAAGGGAGAAAUGUCCAAUACAACAGACUCCCGGAGCUGCUGGAAAUGUUCCAGGUUUGAAAACUCAAAUAGUGACAGGACCGGCUGUGCCCCCAAAGAUGUCGAUUUCCUUUCCUAUGGAGAAACUUUAGGAGGAACUUUGACAAUUGUCUCUUUAUUAUUUUCAAUUGUUACAAGUGUCAUCCUUGGAAUAUUUUGGAAGUAUCGAGAGACUCCAAUAGUAAAAGCCAACAAUCGGAAGCUCAGCUACGUUCUCCUCAUCUCCAUCACCCUCUGCUUCAUGUGCACGCUGCUGUUCAUUGGUCGGCCAUCACCAAUACGAUGUCUUCUCAGACAAGCUGCAUUUGGAGUUGUCUUCACUGUCUCUGUUUCUUCUGUAUUGGCUAAAACUCUGACAGUCAUCAUGGCCUUCAAGGCGACCCGACCAGGGAGCAGGAUGAAGAGACUCUUAGGAAUGAGGUUACCUGACACAUUAGUUGUCCUGUGCUCUAUGGGGGAAGUGCUGCUGUCAGUCAUCUGGAUCAUGCUCUAUCCACCAUAUCUAGAUGCUGACACAGAGACGGACACUAUUCUCUUGUUGUGUAAUGAAAGGUCAUCCGCUUUCUUCUUCUUGGAAAUUGGCUACAUCGGGAUGUUGGCUCUGAUUUGUCUGGGGGCCGCAUUUCUGGCCAAGGAUUUCCCAGACCGCUUUAAUGAAGCCAAGAACAUCUCCUUCAGUAUCCUGGUAUUCAGCAGUGUAUGGGUGACAUUUGUCCCCACGUAUCUCAGUGUAAAGGGGAAGAACAUGGUGGCGGUGGAGGUCUUUGCCAUCUUGACCUCCAGUGCAGGACUAUUGAGUUUUAUUUUUCUCCCAAAGUGUUAUGUCAUCUUUAUUAACCAAUACUGUUAAUAAAAACAUAAUCUAUCCAUCUAUCUAUCUAACUAAAAAUUUCUGUACUGUACUCAAGUCAAACUCUCAAAAACCUUUUGUAAUGCACGACCUCACUGCUUGGGACUCUCCAGGUCUACCUGAUCUUUACUUAACAUUUUUGGUCAUGUAAAAAUUAAUUUUUGAGCGAAUAUUGACUUGCUUAGUCCAAAAAUAUCCAAGGUCCAAGGUACCAUGCCCAAAUACCCCAGAAUUAAUACUUCAUUUACAAAGAUCAAUAUACGUUCUAGUUAUACAUGAAACACUAGUAACAUUUCUGCAAAUUUUAACGCAAAUGAUAAAUUCCCCCCUAAGAGUUCUUAUUUCCUCUCCUUUAUUCUACUGUAUAUAAAUGGUCUCAGAACUGUGGACCCCCAAAUCUUGCAAAACUACAACUCCCAGACAUUGGCUGUCUGGACAUGCUGGUAGUUUUGCAACAGCUGGAGGUCCACAGUUUGGAGAAUGCCGUUGUAUAUCAAACCCAACGUUCUAAAUAAAUCCCCUAUGGUCUUCUUUAUGGUCUUCUUACUGUCUCAUAUAUGGAUUUUUCUUGUUAUAAGACACAAGACUGUACUCGCUAUUAUACAUUUAAUACGGUCCCUGCGUGGAUCUG